ACAGCCGAAGGCCGAGCUUGGUUCUCUUAUCACUGCUCUUUUUGCUGGGUUUUGUGUGUGGAGCCGAAACGGAUGGAGCCGUUCGACCGCGCCCCACUACAUUCGUCUUCAACCGCUUCAAUGGAUCGGACGAGCUCAUUCUGCUGGGAUUUGCAGAAAUAAGGUACAAGUCGGUGCUCAUGCUCACCAAUCACACGCCCUACCUCAUUGGUCGUGCGUUGUAUUCGUUGCCCGUGCAGAUGAAACCGCGCGGAAACAACCGCACCGUUGCCUCGUUCAGCACCACCUUCGUUUUCUCCAUCGUUUCCCCGCCAUCACAGGAAGGCGGCCACGGCCUCGCCUUUUUCUUGACGCCCUCACCCACACUCUCCGGUGCGCUCUCUGUCGAGUACAUGGGACUCCUCAACAUGACCAGCAACGGGCAAGACUACAAUCAUCUCUUCGCAGUCGAGUUCGACACCAGAAAGAACGUUGAAUUCGACGACCCGGACGACAACCACGUCGGCGUCGACAUAAAUAAUCUCCAAUCGGUCGAAGCAAAGUUUGCCAGUUAUUGGGAUGGAAGAGGUUUUAGAGCCCUCAACCUGAAAAGCGGCCGGAAUAUCCAGGCCUGGAUAGAGUACGAUCAUCUGAAAGGAAAGCUUAAUGUGAGCAUCACAUUCGCGGGGCUACCCAAACCGCAGAGGCCGCUCAUCUCUCUCGACAUAGACCUGUCGGCCGUCGUUGAAGAGGAGAUGUACGUUGGGUUUUCCGCCGCCACGGGGAGCUAUGCGGAAGACCAUUAUAUUUUGGCCUGGAGCUUUACCACCAACGGAACCGCGCAGCCUCUGGACGUAAGCGCUCUCCCUACCUUAGCAAACGAUAAUUCGACCCGCCCCUCAAAGGGAUUCAUAGCAGGUGUCACCGUCGCCUCUGCAGUUCUGGUUUUUGCAACCGCGAGUGGAAUUGUGAAGUGGGCCAGAGGAAUGAAAGAGAGAGAAGAAACAGUGGAGGAAUGGGAGCUGGAGUACUGGCCCCACAGAUUCUGCUACCAAGAUCUCAGCGUUGCUACCAAUGGCUUCGAUGAAGAACAAUUGUUGGGCCACGGGGGCUUUGGUCGGGUCUACCAUGGCGUUCUUCCCAAUAGCGGCUUUCAUGUCGCCGUCAAAUGUAUUACAAGGGAAUUCGUCGAAGGAAUGAAGGGUUUCAUUUCGGAGAUCAGUAGCAUGGGGAGGCUACAGCACAGAAAUCUGGUGCAGCUGCGGGGCUGGUGCAGGCAACAGAAGCAGCUCUUUAUUGUCUACGACUACAUGCCCAAUGGCAGCCUCGAUAAAUUGAUCUUCGAAAGACCCACCGCAGUGCUGCGCUGGUCUGAGAGAUAUAAUAUUCUCAAGGGGGUCGCUGCGGGGUUGCUGUAUCUGCACGAGCAGUGGGAGAAGAGGGUUGUCCACAGAGACAUUAAAUCGAGCAACGUGUUGUUGGACUCGGAGCUCAAUGGAAGACUCGGGGAUUUCGGGUUGGCGAGAUUGUACGAGCACAGGGAUAACCCGCGGACGACUCAGCUGGUGGGGACGCUGGGGUACAUAGCACCGGAGCUCAUCCACACGGGGAAGGCUACGCCCAGCUCCGACGUGUUCAGCUUCGGUGCUCUGUUGUUGGAGGUUGCCUGUGGGAGGCGGCCCCUACACGAGUCAAAGGAUCCAGCACAAGUAGUUUUAGUUGAGUGGGUUUGGGACUUGUACACCACAGAUAGCCUGCUGGACGCUGUGGAUCCCAAGCUGCAAGGCAACUAUGGAGUGGAAGAGAUGGAAAGAGUGCUGAAAUUGGGACUCUUGUGUUCGCAUCCGGAGGCCCAAAGGAGGCCCGGCAUACGGCUUGCUUUGAAAAUUCUGGAAGGGGAAGCUCCUCUGCCUUCUCUGGACAUUGUUUCCUUUUCUCCGGCUGUAAUGACUUCCCGUGGUUUUUUCGCUACAAACAGCAAGGCUUCCUGAUGCGGAGGAAUUACCUCUGCAGUCUCCUCCCACGUUUAGUUCGUUGAGUGGCAGUUAAGUCAUUUUAGGACUUUAAGACUACCAUUUUGUUUUGACUAGUCGUCACUUCAAAGUUAUUAGGUAGAUUAUUAUUUUUAAGCUUUUUGUUCAGUUUGUUUAGGAUGAAUCUUUAGUGAGAUGAGUGGUUAAGGCCCAAGGGAGUCCGUAGGAUUAGAGAGUUGGAAAUAAUCAUAAAAGUGUUUAUGAGUUCAAAGG